AUGUUUGGGGCCGGAGAGACGUCGUGCAGCAGCGACACUAUGGCGGAAGUGAUCCUGCCCGUCAACCUGGCCGUGAUGAUCGCCAAGACCUUCUUCGUCGUCGACGCCAUCAGAGGCAUCCGCGGACACAAGAGUGUCGUCUGCAGGGCAGCCCGGGCCGCUAACAGCAGCGGGUUGCUCGGUUCGCAGCGGUCGUCGUCCUCCCAGGGACGGCGAUCAGCCCCAAACCGCCCCCCCGUCCUGGCACAGCGGGGACGGAGCGCCAGCGCCAGCGCGGGCUCUCCGAAAGUCAGGUUCUUGCACAUCGCGCUACUUUUGGAGCACAUCGUGGCGCUCAUCGCUAUCGCCUCCACUGUCCUCAAGUACGCUCUCCCGGUGACGGCGUCGAACUGCAAUGCAACUCACAAGGUUUCGACCGCAUUCGCCAUCUUGUUCGAUGCGAGUCUUCUGACGUUUCUCCUCUUCAAGGUCGAUGUGACUAACGGCAUCAGAAAGCUCUCCUGCUGGGAGAAGGGCGUGAUCUGGAUAUGCAGGGCAUUCGCGUGGAUUUAUCUGCCUUUGGCGUCGAUCUUCGUGAGCGCCACCUACCCCGGUGGUACUAACGAAGAGGGCACGUUUUGCGAGAACGGUUUCAAGAGGGACGAAGACGUGAACUACGAGCGCGAGGCUAGCGACAACGCAUACGGGUACGCCGUCACCAACGCGAUGCUGUUGGUCCAGUACGUGCUGCUGCUGAUCCUGUUCGUGAGGCCCCUCAUGGUUCGUCUCGAGGGCGCCCAGUCCGGAGGGGCGGUCUACCGCAGCGUGGUGAUCAGAAACAUAUCGUGCACGGUAGCCGUGGUCGUGUCCUACAUCAUCACCACCAUUGUCACGGUCAUCGCCCUGCUGCGACAGCACCCCAACGAUACCGCGGUAUGUGUGUAUGUGGUACGGUACGGAAUUCCCUGCGUUGUUGCGUUUUUUUUUGUUGGGAGCGUUUAG